AAUGCAUACAUAAAGGGGUUCCUGAAAUCCACUGAUAGCAUUUUGGAGCUGGUGCACAGCUUAGAUCGCGUUGUAAAGGUUUAUCGAAACAACGAAGUCACGGCGCAGUUCUAUUCUACGUACUACAGCCCCGUGUUAACAACCGGGCUUGACUCUAUCGAGCUUUUUGCAUCGAAGCUGUACACUCGAGCAGUUUUUAGAGAGGUCAAGAAACAAAUCAGGGGUGUUGCAACCUUGCUGUUUCGUGGGAGAGACAGCAUCAGCACCACGGUUGUCUACAAGUUUUCAAGGAUGGGCGCGCCUGGUAGGAUUCACAAGGUUUUAUUCGACCCAGAUGACAAGAAAAUUCAGUGCGACUGUUCGAUGUGGAAUAGUGAGGGUAUUCCAUGUAGUCACAUAUUCUGCCUGAUGAAGUACGAGGGUUUGGAACAAAUACCGGACAGCCUUAUUGUGAGAAGAUGGUGCAAGGAUGCAAAGGAUUCCAGACGGAUGCCGGUGACAAUGAGACCUGGAGAUGAAGGUCGCAUGCUUAGGUAUGCCGCACUUUCUUCGGCCACAAGCUUGGUCGCAACACUUGGUUCGGAUGAGCGUGAAGACUUCGAAUUCGCUAAGGAGAGCAUCGCGAGUCUAAUAGAUAAGCUACGUCACAGAGUUUAUGAAAGGGCAGGUGGUCAGCCAGGUAUGUCGGGGUGGAAAGCGAUGAAGGACCCGGUUGUGGCAAGAACAAAAGGUGCCCCUAAGAGGAAGAAGGAGUUCGACCAAUGUAGUCAACCCGACGUGCGAGGGAAGAGGCGUUGCUGCACCAAAUGUGGCACACCCGGGCAUACCAAGAGGACAUGCAGCGGGUACUGUGCACGAGGGGUGUCCGGGAUUGGUAAUGGGGUCUCCCCCACGGAUGGCAACGGUUCGCAUGACGGCCCUGCAGCCGCUUCAGCGUCUCUUCCGACCGAGCUCGGUCAUGCGUAUGAGGAUCAAACCUCGGGUCACGGCGAAGCUGGUCUGAAUAACGUGUCUACCUCAGCGGCAAAUACAUCCUCCAUGGUGAGUCGGAGAGGUAGUCCAUGUUGGCGUCCUCCGUUUUCUGGCGGGGGAAGUGGGGGGAACUUCUUCCUUGGGGGCCAACACAUCCACCAAUUCUAUGCAUCCCAACCUUGCUCCGGGCACCAAAGCGAUCCGCCGCCGCACGCCGGGCACGGGAGUAUGUCAACUCCGAUGAGGGCUAUGAAUGAGGACUUGUUUGAACGGUGGCUGCUCCAGAAUGUGAUGGGUCGUCGCUCGUCGAGCAAUAUGCAGGGGGGAUUUCCCACGCGUGGAACUUGAUGUUAAGCUGGGGGAUAACACAUACCGAAUACUUUGUGUCUUGCAAAAAGUUAUUAUUUUCGGUAAGGUCUGUCUUGCUAAGUGGAAGCUGCAGAUUUCACUAGUGUGUGCUCUGUUUUUCUGAUUUAUUGUAACUACAUUUCUAGUGUCUUGCUGGUGACAAAUUGAAGCAUUAUUUGAGGUUUUAGUUGGGUUUGUUUAAUUUUGUCUCCGGAAUAGCUUGGCCUAUACUCAGUUUCUCACUAUGUUCGUAGCUCCCAUUGUCUGCAUAAUUAUGGCCAGAUGAUGUUAUUUGCUUCGUUGAUGAAGAUGGAGAAUCUGCUUUCUUAGUAGAAGGACUGGCUGCUGAAGGCUUUGUCUGAGUUCCUGUAGGCUUUGAAGUUGAACUUGUUUGAGUAAAUUUAGGCUCUGAACUUGAAUGAAUUUCUUGGUGUUGCUAUUUGGAAUAUCUUAGCUGUAGGUUGCAUAGAUGUCUUUUUUUUUUGGUAAAAUGCAUCGAUGUCCUUUUUGUGCUGA